AAGUGACGAAAAGAGGGAAAAUUAGUGUAAAAAAUGGAAUCUUGAUACACCCCAUUUGCUUUUCUUUGUUUUUUAAUGAGUUAAAGUGACGAAAAGAGGGAAAAUUAGUGUAAAAAAUGGAAUCUUGAUACACCCCAUUUGUUUUUCUUUGUUUUUUAACGAGUUAAAGUGAAGAAAAAAAAGGCAAAAUUAGUGUAAAAAAUGGAAUCUUGAUACACCCCAUUUGCUUUUCUUUGUUUUUUAAUGAGUUAAAGUGAAGAAAAGAGGGAAAAUUUGUGAAAAAAAUGGAAUCUUGAAACCCCCCAUUUGCUUUUUUUUUAAAAGUUUAAUGAGUUAAACUAAAGGAACAAGGGAAAAAGGGUUGAAAAAGAUAGAAUCUUGAAACUAAUUUUAGUAUUUUUCCUAUUUUAAUAUGUGUUUGUAGUUUUGUGUUUAUAUACUAGUGUUUCCUUUUGUAGAACUUUUGAAGAUAUGACUAAAGAUGAAGACUUUAAGCUACUCAAGAUUCAGACUUGUGAGCUCAGAGUUAACAUACAUUGUGAUGGUUGCAAGCAGAAAGUGAAGAAGCUCCUUCAGAGAAUUGAAGGUGUUUACCAAGUAAACAUUGACUUUGAGCAUCAAAAAGUGACUGUUUAUGGUAGUGUUGAUUCUGAUACUUUGAUUAGAAGAUUAGUUAAGGCUCGUAAGCACGCGGAGCUUUGGUCUCCGAAUAACACCAAUCAAACUCAGAAACAACAAAAUCCCAUCUGCAUCAAAGAUAACAACAAGAAUAAGCAAAAUCAGAAGCAACAAGGUAUUCUCAAGAAUCAGCACCAGGAAAAGUUUAAUCUUGUGCCAGAGGAAAUGGAUUAUCUCGAUGAGGAUGAUGAGGACGAUGAUUGUUAUCCUGAGGAAGAGAUGAGGUUUGUGAGAGAUGGACAAAGGCAGAUGGCUAUUCUUAGACAACAAGCACAAGCAAAUAACAAGAAAGCUAUGGCGGCCGCUGUGGCUAAUGGGAAAGGUAACAACAACAAUGUUGCUGCUCAUGGCAAGAAAACUGGCCCUAGUCCGAAUAUGCCAAUGAAGGCAAAUCCCGGAGGCGGUGGCAUUGACCAAAGAGCAAUUCAUGCUAUGAAAAUGAACAUGAAUGGUGCUGCUUCUGCUGCUCAAUUAGGUCCAAAUGUCAACCUCAACGAGGCUGAGAAAAUGGGAAUGGUAGGAGGAAACGACUUAAACUCAAUGAUGAAUCUUGCUGGUUUUCAUGGGAAUAACAACGGUACGUCUACUACUAACAAUAACAACAACAAUGUUGCUGCAUUCUUGAACGCGAAUGGAUUUCAAGGUCAUCAAAACAAUGCUAUACCGGGAUCUUUAUCCACCGGUGGUCAUCAUCAUCCUUCCUCUGCCUCGAUGCUAAUGAACAUGAACAACGGAGGCCAACAACAACAGUACAAUCCAUCACAAAUGCUAAUGAAUUUUCAAAACAGGCAUGCUAUGCAACAUCAACAACAACAACAACAACCUCAGAUGAUGUACAAUCGAUCACCAUUCGUUCCUCCAUCCACCGGUUAUUACUACAACAAUACCAACAAUAACUAUGGCCAAGUCCCUUACACUACUUAUGCUGAUCCUUAUUACUACACUUCUGCUGCUGCUGCUGCUGCUGCUAAUGCUGAUCAAUCUGCCACUAAUACUCAUAUGUUUAGUUAUGAGAAUCCUAGUAGUUGUGGUAUUAUGUGAAGUCUGUUUUUAAGUGUGUAUUUUGUUGUGAUGUGGGAAUUGAAGUAAUGGUCUUAGGAUGAUGAGGAGUAUUUUAGGUCCUCAAUCUUUUUUAUAUUUAACAUCAGAUGAUACAUGAUGUUUAAUAUGUAUUUUCUAGCUACUUGCUACAAUUCUAUAUAUUGUUGUAUAAUUCUCCUUAUUUUAGUAGUUUAUAUUAUUAUUAUUAUUAUUAA